UGAGCCUUUGGCGAGCGGGAUUUCGUGUUAGGCCAUGUUUCUUGGGGAGCUUCGUCGAUGUUGCUGAUCGUGGUCAUGAGGAAAGUCCCGCUCCUGCGCGCUCGCGUGCUCGGGUCAACGUAAGCGUGAAGCUUCCGGCCGCGCAAAGACUUCUCGGCACUUGUGUCUAAAGUCUGCAUCAAACUCGCAAAGCCGGGCCCAAAAUCAAGCGCCUCAAUGACUAGUGGUGGUCGCUUGGAAAGGUGAUCCGUCCCUGCAAGACAUCUGAGCCUACAUCUGUGUACGUACUUGUGUGUGACCAGAUGUAUGGCCUUGUUUCACACCGACGACCCGUGAUGGUUACUUUCUCAUCCCAUGGCAUGGUAUGAAGGUUUCGUCUCAUCUCGGCUCCAUCAGAAGGCUACAUUGUCGCUUCUUUGAAUCUGGUGAAGACAAAUUACCCGCACGAACGCAUCAUUUGUGGAAGCAGCCAGAUUUCCGAUGUAACCGAGGCCACGACACCGACCAUGUUCAUCAGCCACCAGUCUCCGACCAACGAAGACAAAGACCGGACAAUCGACAAGCGUCAGGACAGUGCCCUGACCACAACAGUCAUCCGCACGCAGACAGUGACGCGGCCAGACUCGACAAGCACAACCACGUGGACCCUGGGCAAUGAUGGACACACUGGCAUCGAGCCUCACGACAACACGGCCGAUGAGGGUAGUGAAUCUGCCAAUUUCAACGUCGUCGGCGUGGUGCUCAGUGUUGUGGUCGUGGUCCUGGUUAUGGCUGG